AAUCCCAGAGAAAAAGAACAUACGUAUCUCGAGUCUUGAGUUUCCGAAGCACUUACGACGAUCAAAUUAGCGUUCGCUACAAAUGCGGCAUUGUCGAUGAAGUUCAGGUAUAACACUUCGCCUCUUCGCUCUCACUCACUGUUACCCGUUUUUCCCCCAAAUAUUUUUCGGCUCUUACACCUUGUCCCGCAUGCAAAGAUAGUACCAAUUCAUCGUCUUUAAUUAAUCCUUCGUUUUUUCCUUUCAAUUUUAGUCCCAUUAUCUCUGAAAUCCCCCUUUCCCCAUCUUUGAUCCCUUCCAUGAUCGAAGCAUGCACGUGCAUGUCGGUGAAGGUGAAUUAUAGAUAUCACGGCUCAGAGUCUCUCCAUUUGAGGUUGUAAAAAUAUCUUGAUUUGUCAAAUUUGUGUUAUUAUUCAUCUCAGGAGCAAAGGUCUGUGCAAUUGUACCCACUCAAGAGUUAUUUUAGCUUAAUGUCAUUUUUGUUUUCAUUUGUUAAUAGUUAUUUCUUUAUAUGCUAGUCUUGUCAAGAUCAAUUUAUUAUUCUUUGCGGUGUGAUUGGUAGGGGUUCAGACAGGAGAGUUUACAAUUAGGAUAGGAGCUUGUUGUAUUUUAUGAAAUUGAAGUUGGUUGGUUUGAUUGUCACUAGUUAAUUGCGUGCAAAAUUAUCAGAACAUUUUCGUUAUACAAGAAUGUCCAGUCCGACUUCUAAAGCUACUUGGACACCUGGGUUCCAUGGUAUAUUUGUUGAUUUGUGCCUUCGAGAAAUGCUGAAGAAUGAACCCGGGUCGACGCGAAUUACUAAGGUGGGUUGGAGGAACAUUGUUGGAUCCUUUUAUGCCAAGACUGGUGUGAGAUAUGAAAAAAAGCAAUUUAAGAAUCACUAUGAUUCUACUAGAAAACUAUGGAAAGUCUGGGUCAAGUUGACUGAUGAUAGCAACAUGAAGUGGGAUCCAGAAACGCGGACGUUUGGUGCUUCUGAGGAAGACUGGCAAAAUUAUAUAAAGGCAACCCCAGAAGCUGCUCAGUUUCAGUCUAAGGAAAUCCAGUUUACAGACAAACUCGAUAUCAUCUUUGACGGAGGAAAUCGAGUCGAGGAAAUGAAAAGGUGGGCCAGUCUCAAAUGGCAGAAUGAUGCUUCAGCUACAUCUCCUUUGCGUGGAAAAGAGCGAGAGAAGAAACGCAAGCAUGUUGGUAGGGAUUAUGAAUCAGAUAGUACCAUUAUGGUUGGCUGUUCUCCAACACCAAAAGCUUCUUGGACACCUGCAUACCAUAAAAUGUUUGUUGACUUGUGCAUCGAAGAAACGUUGAACGGGAACAAGAAUGCUACACAUUUUACCAAGGAGGGCUGGAGGAAUAUUGUCGGAUCCUUUAAUGCAAAGACUGGUAUGAGAUACGAUAAGAAACAAAUUAAAAAUCAUUAUGAUUCAACUAGGAAACUAUGGAAAAUCUGGGCUAAGUUGAUUGGUGAUGAUAAGAUGAAAUGGGACCCUCAUACCAAUACGUUUGGUGCUUCUGAGGAAGAUUGGCACAAUUGUAUAAAAGCAUUCCCAGAAGCUGCACAAUUUCGGUUUAAGGAGCUCCAGUUUUCUGACAAAUUACGUGUAGUCUUUGAUGGAGCUAUGCCAACUGAGGAAAUGGUAGCAAUGAUUAAGAGGCAAAAUGAUGCCUCAGCUACAUUGCGUGGAAAAGAGAGGGAGAAGAAACGUAGGAAUGUUGGUCGGGAUAGUGGAUUAAAGAGUGCCAUUAUGGUUAAUGCCAUCCCAAUCAGUACAGUUCCAAGUGAGCAGAGCAUGUCCAGUUCAUCACAUCCCAAGGUCAAAGCUGCAUGGACUCCUACGGUGCACAAGAUCUUUGUUGAUCUAUGUCUGCAGGAGACGUUACAAGGGAAUAAGCCCGGGACACAUUUUACAAAGGAAGGUUGGAAAAACAUUAUGGAAACAUUUUAUGCAAAAACUGAUUUAAAUUAUGGUAGAUUACAACUUAAGAAUCACUGGGAUUCUACCAAGGAACAAUGGAAAAUUUGGUGUAAGCUUAUUGGCACCAAUUACAUGAAAUGGGAUCCAUCUAACCUGAGGUUUGAGGCUAGUGAAGAAGAUUGGAACAACUAUUUACAGGAAAAUCCAGAAGCUUCACAAUUUCGCUUAAAGGAGCUACAAUUCACUGACAUGUUGGAAGCCAUCUUUAAUGGAACUACUGUUACUGGAGAGACUGAACCUACGGCUCAACAAAGGAAAAGUGAUGAUAGUGUUAUUACUUUCCCUUUUCACACAAAAGAACCUGAUACUGUCAACUUUGACGAGAAAACUGAAUGUCAUUGUGAUGCGGUUGCAUCAAGAAUUGGUGUAAGUAUUCAAAAGAAUGCUAGUGCAGUUUCAUCCACUGAAGGCAAAUGCAAUUAUAGCAUCGGUGAGUGCAUUGAAUGCCUUGAUAGAAUGGAAGAAAUAGAACAAGGAAGUGAGCUCUACAUGUUUGCUUUAGAUGUAUUCCUUAAGCAGGAAUAUAGGGAAAUUUUUCUGCAAUUGAAAACGCCUAAUCUGAGGAUCUCGUGGUUGCAGCGGCUUCAGUCUAGCGGUCCGCCUCCGGUCUAGGCCAUUGUCAUGCUUUCGGUAUAUAUUUUUUUAUAGUACCUCAUAGAACAUGGUGGCUAGGCAAAGUGGUCCGUUCCUUGUAAUAUGACGAUAACAUAAAUUUUCAAGGGGUUUCCUAAACGAGACUAUACUUGGAAGUUUAAAACUGUAUAUCAAUGACCGAUAGAUACAAUAAGUAGUAGCUUAUUUUAGCGUUAUUUUAAUGUGAAUAUCCAUUUACAGUUGGUUUUAAAUCAGUCAGAUGUUUGCUACCCCUGUGCAGAUGUUAUC